CACAUCUUUCAUCCACCGCCAAGUUUGAGGUUUGGGUUGAUUACUAAAAAUAUUUUGACAAGAAUCGUUAAUGGAGAAUUCGACGGUUAAUGAUCCAUCGGAUUGGCCAUCCACUAUGACAGAACUUAGGACAAUUGAUAACCUUCUUCGCUGUCCUAUUUGUUACGAAUUCCUGAAAACUGCAAUGAUGAUUCCAGAAUGUUCUCACAAUUUUUGUUCUCUAUGUAUACGUACUUACAUGGCAUACAAGAACCAGUGCCCAACCUGUAGUAUAUCAUUCUUGGAGACAAAUCUAAAGAACAACAGAGUUCUAGAUGAUGUUGUGAAGAACUUCCGUAUUGUUCGACCUCACAUAUUACAAUUGUGUAAAAAUAGUGAAAAUCAGAAGUCUGUGGGGAUGACGACUACAACAUCGACAGGCAGUGGUAGUGUUUGCUACAGAUCAUCAUCUGCAAUUUCCAAAUCAGAGCAGAUUCAGAGUUCAAAGGCAUCAUUAGCAACAGACUCUCACUCGAAGAAUAAGUCCACAAAAGUUUCCCUCUCCAAACGUUCACCUUCUGCAUCAAAAAGCUCUUCGGACAUCGAUGAUCCUGAUUUUGAACCUUGUAGUAAGAGUCCUCGAAUCCGUUCUAACCAGACCCCCAAGAGGAGAAAUCUACGAGCUCAUUUCAAGCCCUCAGCCUCAUCUACUGAAGAAGAUGAGGAGGAUGAGGUUGUAUGUCCCACUCCCGUCGUGUCAAGACAACAGCAAGUUGGAGAUGGGGAUCCUCCUAUUUUAUUAAUACCUUCACCGCCCUCAACGUUCAACAAUAAUCCAACUAGAGCAUCUUGCCCUAUUUGUGGUGUUAGUGUUCUUGAACGAUUCAUAAACACACAUCUUGAUAAAUGUCUGGCCAGCCAAGAGAAAAAGGAUGCACUAAGAACAAAACGGCGCCCUCUGUUAAAGUUUGUUUGCAACCUGAUGUCAGACAAAGACCUGCGGAAAAAACUAAAAGAAUACAAUGUGUCACACCAAGGAACAAGACAAGUUUUAAUUAAGCGUCUAAAAGAUUUUUCGUUACUGUACAAUUCAUACUGUGACAGUGACAAUCCUAAGUCAGUGGAAGCAAUUUCAAAGGAAUUUGAGAACAUUGAGAAGAUAAAAAUGAAACAUUCAAGUGACACAGUCAAAGAUAGGCUUGUUGUUGAAAAAGGGAAAACUGAUGAAGAGUUUGACGAAUCAAGGAAGAAGUACUUGGUAUCCCAUAAAAGUCAGUUUCAGAAAAUGAUCGAGGAAACAAGGAAACGACAACUUGAAAUGAAGUCUAAAGCCAGUAAAUCAAAAGCGCCCUCUACGGACAGCACAUCUGCAUCUUCAUCUAUUGGGUCCCUGAAAGAAGGAGAAAAUCAACAGACAGAAGGUCAAGACAAGUUAGUAAGAACUCAGGACUUAUCUCAAACUUUAAGCUCAAGCAGUCAAGACACGUCUCAGACUUUAGGGUCAGAAUUAUCAAGAACUCAAGACUCGUCUCAGACCUUGAGCUCAAGUACUGAAGACACAUCUCAGAGUUUAAGCUCAAGCACACCAGAUUCAUCUCAUAUAUUAAGGACAGAAUUAGUAGAGACUCAAGAUUCAUCUCAAAUGGUAAGGUCGGACUUUGUGCGGAGUUGGCCUGUAAGUGAUCCUCAAGCUUCAGACAGAGGUAUAGUCUUCCCAAAACUGAAUGUUUCACCAUCAACAGAAAAUGCUAGGAAUUAUUUAGGAACUUUAAAAGAUGUGCAUGAGGCUGACCGUAAAGUGUUGCUAUGGGAGUCACUUAGUGAUGUUUCACAAAACGAAACUGAUGCAGCCCAAAGUAAAACACAACUCGAUUCCAUGCCAAGCACACCACAGGGAGAAUACUAUGUACCUGAGAGCCCUGUCUUCCAAGCAAAAGUCUCACGACGGUCUGGAAUUAAGCGAAAAGAUGUUAAUGAAAACCCAAGAGAGGAUAUGGAAAACAUCCGAAGAAGCAAGCGAAAUAAACAAGACACUCAAUAGCCAUGUGCUGUAAUCUAUGACAACUAUAUAAUCUAUAGUUUAUAUAAUCUUUCAUAUAAUUUUACAGUAAUUAUAAUAUCAUUUUAUAACUAUAUCACAAGAAUGAUAAUAAAUAUCAUUCUACAGAUAUUUUAAUUCUCCCAAUAGAACAGUUAUAUAUUGUAGUCUAUGGCAACGUAAGCAAUCUGUAGAAAUUCUGUCUACAGAGAAUAAAAUAAUUGAUAAUGCUAUCACACUACUUGCCAUUUCAAGAGGAAUGAAUUGAAUUAUGUAUCUGUCAACGACUGUGUAUUGUGACGUUUGAACAUCCAUAGAUUAAUUGUGGGAUGACAUUUAGGCAGAUUAUAUCAGCAUUCAAAACAUUGAGAUAUUUUCUGCUGUGCCCUACAUUGUGUGCUCUACAUCCAGCCCCCGCACUUAACAAUAACGUCUUUGGUUUUACCGCAUCCAUUUAUUACCGAUUCUUGGAGUCAUGUGGUUAUAAUAUGUAUUGAUGCAUGAUGAUCAGAUUAUCCAAAUUAUUUGCUUUAAAAAAAACAUAAAUAUUAUAUAAUAAUGCAUGUGUUGAAAUAAAUACCUAUUAUCCAAAUAUAAUAAUU